UGGACGUGCACUCGCUUCCGGGCCCGGUCGCCAUUUGCGGCGGUUGCAGGUUCUCUCGCGCUGUGGUCCGUUGGGACAAUGAGCUAUGACUAUCAUCAGCACUGGGGCCGCGAUGGCGGGCCCCGCGGCUCGGGCGGGGGCCAAGGAGGGAACCGCGGCUCCCGGGGCGGCGGCGGCGCGCACUAUGAAGUGCAACCGUAUGCUGACGCUUCCUGCAGUGAUGAUUAUAUGGCUUCACGUGAGCCGUGCGCAUCUGACCUCAAGCGAACAGUUAGGAUUUUAUGUGGGCUGAAUGUACGCUUUGCAAAGGACAGAGCCGUAGUGCACAUGGAUGAACACCGAGAAGAACAAAUUGUGCAGCUACUACAUUCUGUCCAAGCUAAGAAUGAUAAAGAUUCAGAAGCACAAAUAUCCUGGUUUGCUCCCGAAGAUCAUGGAUAUGGUACUGAAGCUCCUGCUGAGAACAAGUCAAACUCAGAGAAGAAAUUUCAGGACCAGGAAAAGAAAUCAAUAAAUAAAGAAAAGAGGACAUUUAGAAUCAAGGACAGUUAUAUUGACCGGGAUUCUGAGUAUCUCUUGCAAGAAAACGAACCAGAUAUGACCGUAGACCAACAGUUACUGGAAGAUUUACAAAAGAAAAAAACUGACCUUCGGUAUAUUGAAAUGCAGCAUUUCAGGGAAAAGCUGCCUUCAUUUGGAAUGCAAAAGGAAUUGGUAAAUAUGAUCGCUAAUCACCAAGUGAUAGUAGUAAGUGGUGAAACUGGUUGUGGAAAAACCACUCAAGUUACUCAGUUCAUUUUGGAUGACUACAUCAAAAGAGGAAAAGGAUCUGCAUGCAGGAUCGUGUGUACUCAGCCAAGAAGAAUUAGUGCCAUUUCCGUUGCAGAGAGAGUGGCUGCAGAAAGGGCAGAAUCUUGUGGUAAUGGUAAAAGUACCGGAUACCAAAUUCGUCUCCAGAGUCGUUUGCCAAGGAAACAGGGUUCUAUCUUAUACUGUACGACGGGAAUCAUCCUUCAGUGGCUCCAGUCAGACCCGCAUUUGUCCAGUGUUAGUCAUAUCGUGCUUGAUGAAAUCCAUGAGAGAAAUCUACAGUCAGAUGUUUUAAUGACUGUUAUUAAAGAUCUUCUCAGUUUUCGACAUGACCUGAAAGUAAUAUUGAUGAGUGCAACAUUGAACGCUGAGAAAUUUUCAGAGUAUUUUGGUAACUGUCCAAUGAUACAUAUACCUGGUUUUACUUUUCCUGUUGUGGAGUACCUUUUGGAAGAUAUAAUUGAAAAAAUAAGAUAUGUUCCAGAACAAAAAGAACACAGAUCCCAGUUUAAGAGGGGUUUCAUGCAAGGGCAUGUAAAUAGACAAGAAAAAGAAGAAAAAGAAGCAAUCUAUAAAGAACGCUGGCCAGACUAUGUAAGGGAACUGCGGAAAAGGUAUUCUUCAAGUACUAUAGAUGUUCUGGAAAAGAUGGAUGAUGAAAAAGUUGAUCUGAAUUUGAUUGCUGCACUUAUUCGAUACAUUGUUUUGGAAGAAGAGGAUGGUGCCAUAUUGGUGUUUCUACCAGGCUGGGACAAUAUCAGCACUUUACAUGAUCUCUUGAUGUCACAAGUGAUGUUUAAAUCAGACAAAUUUAUUAUUAUACCUUUACAUUCACUGAUGCCUACAGUUAACCAGACACAGGUGUUUAAAAGAACCCCUCCUGGUGUUCGGAAAAUAGUAAUUGCUACCAACAUUGCAGAGACCAGCAUUACCAUAGAUGACGUAGUCUAUGUGAUAGAUGGAGGCAAAAUAAAGGAGACACACUUUGACACACAGAACAACAUCAGUACAAUGUCUGCUGAGUGGGUUAGUAAAGCGAAUGCCAAACAAAGGAAAGGUCGAGCCGGAAGAGUUCAACCUGGUCAUUGCUAUCAUCUGUAUAAUGGUCUUAGAGCAAGCCUUCUGGAAGACUAUCAGCUGCCAGAGAUCUUGAGAACUCCUUUGGAAGAACUUUGUUUACAAAUAAAGAUUUUAAGGCUAGGUGGAAUUGCUCAUUUUCUGAGUAGGUUAAUGGAUCCACCAUCAAAUGAAGCAGUGUCACUCUCCAUAAGACACCUGGUGGAACUGAAUGCUUUGGAUAAACAAGAAGAAUUGACACCUCUUGGAGUCCACUUAGCACGAUUACCAGUUGAGCCACACAUUGGAAAAAUGAUUCUUUUUGGAGCUCUCUUCUGUUGCUUAGACCCAGUACUCACCAUUGCUGCUAGUCUCAGCUUCAAAGAUCCCUUUGUCAUUCCUUUGGGGAAAGAAAAGGUUGCAGAUGCAAGAAGAAAGGAAUUGGCAAAGGAUUCUAAAAGUGACCACCUGACAGUUGUGAAUGCAUUUGAGGGCUGGGAAAAAGCCAGACAACGUGGUUUCAGAUAUGAAAAAGACUAUUGCUGGGAAUAUUUUCUGUCUUCAAACACACUGCAGAUGCUGCAUAACAUGAAAGGGCAGUUUGCUGAGCAUCUUCUUGGAGCUGGAUUUGUAAGCAGUAGAAAUCCUAAAGAUCCAAAAUCGAAUAUAAAUUCAGAUAAUGAGAAGAUAAUUAAAGCUGUCAUCUGUGCUGGUUUGUAUCCCAAAGUUGCUAAAAUCCGACUAAAUUUGAGUAAAAAAAGAAAAAUGGUGAAAGUUUACACAAAAACUGAUGGGCUGGUUGCUAUUCAUCCCAAAUCCGUAAAUGUGGAGCAAACAGAGUUUCACUACAACUGGCUUAUCUAUCACCUGAAGAUGAGAACAAGUAGUAUAUACUUGUAUGACUGCACAGAAGUUUCCCCAUACUGUCUCUUGUUCUUUGGAGGUGAUAUUUCCAUCCAGAAGGAUAACGAUCAGGAAACUAUUGCUGUAGAUGAAUGGAUUGUCUUUCAGUCACCAGCAAGAAUUGCACAUCUGGUUAAGGAAUUAAGAAAGGAACUAGAUACCCUUUUGCAAGAGAAGAUCGAAAGUCCCCAUCCCGUAGAUUGGAUUGACACGAAAUCCAGAGACUGUGCAGUGCUCUCAGCUAUUACAGACUUGAUCAAAACACAGGAAAAAGUAACUCCCAGGAAGUUGCCACCACGAUUCCAGGAUGGAUAUUACAGCUGACAAAUUUUCUGUGGUGGUAUGAAAAGCCAAUUUGACAACUGUUUUCCAUCAUAGUUUAACUUUUGGCUAAAUGCCAAACCUUGGGACAUUAGUAAUUUCCACAUGUAAGGUAGAAACCUUCAGUGGGUAGUAAAGACUUACUGUGCAUGAGUUAACAAUGUUAUGUAUAGCUAUUAUAAAUAUACCACAAAAACAGUAUGUUCUCUGAUCAUAUUCUCUGUUGUGGUAAUGUCCACACUUUGGGAGUAUUCCUUUUAUAUAUAUUGGUGUUAUACCACUUGAGAAAUUCCUUUGUUCUGUUAAAACUAAUCUUGCUGCACAAAAUGACUGGUAUAGAACCAGUAAAAAUAGAAUGGUUAAUCAAAAAGCAGUGUCAAGUAGGAAUUUGAACACAGCCACAUUUUUUAAGUGGAACUUCUAUCAGAAGUUAAUUUGUUGUAAUAAAACCCAGUAUUUAAUAAAAUGUACAGUGUGUAAAUCUCAGCUAACUUUUUGGCUUGGUUUCUGCAUCUCCACCUCUCCAUUGGUUUAUUUGAUGUCUUUUGUGUGUUUUUAAAAUCUUUUUAGAAUAUAUUCGUACCCCUUUUAUGUCACCUUGUGCAGCAUAAUGUAGCAAUUGAGAGCAUGGGUCUGGAGCCUGACUACCUAAGUUCAAAUUUCAGCUCUGCCACUUCUAGAUAUCUUGGGCACGUUACUUGGCUUAUGUCCUUUUCCUUAUCUAAAAUACAGGUAACAGUUGUGAGAACUGACUGUGUUAAUAUACGUAAAGUGCAUAAGUUGUGUCUGGUACGUAGCGUGUACUUACUGAAUCUUAGAUAUUAUUUGUCCAUGAAAUAUUUUUUAAUAGUCUAUUAUACUUUUUUUUUUUUUGCAUACUGUGAGUUCUAUUUUACCCUCUCAGCUAAUUGAAGGUAGUGUGAUAUGUACUGUAUGUGUUAGCUCUAUCCAGUUGUGACAAAUACUGUUGGCUGCUAUCUCGUCCCUCCCUUCCUCCCUCCUUGUUUGCUUGUGUUCACGUGUUCCCGCUCUGUACGGCCUUGUGCCUGGGGAUGUUGGACCGUGCACCGUCUUAUUCCCCUUAUAAGUAACUGAUACAGCAUGACUGUGAACCUGUCCUGGCCAGUGGCAACUGAGAAGAGAUCUUCAAGGAGCAUCUGAGGGAGAUUUUCCUCCCUACUAGACUUGGAGGAGGAAAUUCUGCACCCCCUUGGAGAUUGUCCUGUCUGAAUCUGGCACUUGGAACUGCUGCAGCCAUGUUAUGACCACAAGGUUGGCUCAGUGGGAAGGUGAAAAUCAUUAGAGCCCUUGAUGAUGCUAGUGAGCUGCUGAAUUGUCCCACUCAAACUGUCCUCCCUACACAUGACUUAUUUUGAUAUAAUAAACCUUUUAUUGUUUUAGCCACUUUUGGUAGGGCCUUUUGUAUAACUUGGAAGCAAGUAUGUUCCUGAAACAUACUAUUCAUUGAGCAUUGUUUGCUGAGGCCUCUGUUUCUACCAUUUAUUUUGUCAUCUAACUGACCUAUAUGUCUGACAAAAGUGGUAGUACUGGACAUACUGCAAAAAGAAACAUAGGAAGAACAUCCUGCUGCACCCUAAAAACUACAUAUUGUGCCUUCCAAUAAAUGCAGAGAAACCAAAGGAAAAGAGAUAUACAAGGGCUGAGAUUUACUGAUAAUGCUAUGACGAUCUGUUAACAGCACUGGUUCCGGUACUACUCCCAUUUCUGGGAAUGUAUGUCCACCUAUCAUUGCCUUCCAAGGUUUUAAAUGUACUGUGUGUCCUAAAUCCAUUCUCUGGGCCAGUCUCCCAAAAGUGACCCAUCUCAUUGAAUUCUUGCAAUGAGUCAUGUCACAAUAUUGUAGCAUAUUAGGUUUGGCCCUAAACUGAAGGUGGCCAUUAGGUCCUGUUUGUUCUAAAGAGUGUGACUUUUUUUUUUCUUUUCUUUUACUAUACAGUCAGUUGGCCAAAAUGGUUUUGGCGGAAAGCAUUUUAAAAAUCUGUAAAAACAGAAGACUGUUUAAUUGGUUCCAUGUUUGCAAACCAAUAUUUAGUCUCCACAUAAACAGGGAAAAUGUUCCUGAAGAAUUGUUUAAUGAUUGGUCAUUCAAAGAGAUUAAGCAGUUAUUAUCACCCCCAAUUUGAAUCUUCUCUAUAGCUGAUCAGGAUGGAAAUUUUAAUUGAAGGUGCUAUCUGUGUUGUUUCUUUUGUUUACAGAAUAGGUUGUUACUGAGUUGAAAAUGUAGUACAGGUCUGAGAACUGUUUGUCAUUUGGUAGUUUUAAAGAAUAAGGCAUUAAAUUAAGAAGAAAAAGCUAUUUAUUUGCCUCGCCAUUCUGAGUGAUACCGAGAAUAACUCUUGAACAAAUAACCUUGAAAUGGAAACUUAUGGAAAACAAAAGUAAAGAAAUCACUGAAUAAUCUUUAAAGUGUCUUUGAAAAGUGAGUCCAUGUGACACCUUCCUAAUUCUUUAACAAGGGUAAAAGCUCUAGAUACAUUUAUACCAAUUGUUACAAGUGAUUUUAUCUUAACUGCAUUUUAAAAAUAAAGUCCACACUAAAAGUUAGAAAACUACAGAAAAGCUUUAGAAGGAAUUUAUUUUAGUACCCUCUUACCCAAAGUAAAUGGUAAUCUUCCUUCCAUGGUUUUUAGCUCUGAGUUUGUAUGUAUAUAUUUUAUGAAAUUGUGAUCAUGUGGUAAUCUUGUAUUUAUAAUAUGCUGUUUUUUAAAUGGCAUUUUAUUUUAAAACUACAUCCUCAUUUUAGAAUAUUUAGAAAUUUCACAUAAAAAAGCAUGUUACCCAUUUUAUUUCCAUACUGCAAGCUUUAAUGUAUUAUUUUACAUAUAAUAUUAGCCCAUUUAAGUUUAUAAUUCUGUGAAUUUUGUCAAACAUAUAGUCAUGUAAUUGCUACCAUAUCACCUAAAAAUUUCCCUUGUUACCCUUUGUAGUCCAUCCCCUGGUUUUGCCUUUUCUAGAAUUUCAAAUAAAUGGAAUCAUAUGUA